AUGAGUGGAUCCGCAGCCUCUCAACCCGAGGGGGUUAUCUCCAGCAGCGCUGAUCGCAUGGUUGGCAUGGAGCACGCCGAAGUUCGCUACUUCACCAGCUAUGAUCACCACGGUAUCCACGAGGAGAUGCUGAAAGACGAUGUCCGCACUCGUUCUUACCGUGAUUCCAUCUACCAGAACCGCCACAUCUUCAAGGACAAAGUUGUUCUCGAUGUUGGCUGCGGUACCGGUAUCCUGAGCAUGUUCGCUGCUCGCGCCGGUGCCAAGCACGUCAUUGGUGUGGACAUGUCCUCCAUCAUUGAGAAGGCCAAGGAGAUUGUCGCCGUUAACGGCUUGUCCGACAAGAUUACUCUUCUCCAGGGCAAGAUGGAGGAGGUUCACCUCCCCUUCCCCAAGGUUGAUAUCAUCAUCUCCGAGUGGAUGGGUUACUUCCUCCUCUACGAGUCCAUGUUGGACACUGUCCUGUACGCUCGUGACACUUACCUUGCCGAGGGUGGCAAGAUCUUCCCUGACAAGGCCACUAUGUACGUCGCUGCCAUUGAGGACGGCGACUACAAGGAUGACAAGAUCGGAUUCUGGGACAACGUUUACGGCUUUGACUACAGCCCCAUGAAGAAGAUCGCCCUCACCGAGCCCCUCGUCGACACCGUUGAGAUGAAGGCCCUUGUGACCGACCCUUGCCCUAUCAUCACCUUCGAUCUGAACACCGUCACUGCCGCCGACCUUGCGUUCCGCGUGCCCUACAAUCUCACUGCCAAGCGCAGUGACUUCAUCCACGCUAUGAUCUCCUGGUUCGACAUUGAGUUCAGCGCCUGCCACAAGCCCAUCUACUUCUCUACCGGCCCCCACGCCAAGUACACUCACUGGAAGCAAACUGUCUUUUACCUCCGUGACGUGCUUACCAUCGAGGAGGGUGAGCAGGUCUCUGGCUGGAUCGAGAACCGUCCCAACGACAAGAACAAGCGGGACCUGGACAUCGACCUCUCUUACAAGUUUGAGAUUAACGACCCUACUCGCUCCGCUGAGGGCAGCUGCUCCUACCGCAUGUGCUAA